AUGGCGCAUGUUGUCGCCGUCACCGGCAUGCUGGAGAGUUUCAAGGGCGAUCCUCUUUACCCUUUCGUUGUGGCACUCAUCAACGCAUUCCAUGAGUCAGUCACCAAGCAAAACGACUUCGAGUACAAGCAGCGUUUUUCUCUCGAUCUGGGUCUCCGGGUCAUACGACUACAUCUACUGGGGCAAGAAGGUACGAGAAGCCGAGGAAUAGGGCAGAAGCUUGGUGCGCAAUGGGCUAUGCACUACGUCAUGUACCUGGAGCGCAUCGGCAAGACCAUUGAGGUUGACGACAAGCGCAUCGAAGCUGAUUACUUGUUGAAGACUAAUUUGCUUGUGCAGCAUUUUGCGAGUGGGGAUUUGGAUGCUGAUGCGGAUCGGGCUGCAGAGAGCGCUUUCGCUGAGCCGCGCAUUCAGGCGCUCUUAAGGGAUGCUCCUCCGGUGCAGAAGUGCCCAAAUAAUACGAAGAAGGAAGAUAUGUGGCUGGACCCAGACGAGGCUUUGGAGAUGUUGAGGGAAACAGAGAUGGUGAGAAAAGCGAUGAAGGAGGAAGAGGAGAAGAAAAUGCAGAAGGCUUUGCAGGACAUGGCGGGCUUGAGUAUCUCCUCGAUCACUCUUGGACAAUGAAAUGUCCAGUAAUUCUGUGCGUUGAACUCGCAGCUUACUUUCGGAGGUUAGAUGACCAUUCUCUUUUUUUGUAGUACUCUAGCAGGCGUUCUUGGAGCCCGAACCAUACCCCUAGGUACAUGAUAGUUUCUUGAGAACAGAUAUAGAAGGUUCCUCGAUGGGCC